CAGCGCCGAGCCACGCACAGCAGCCAAGCGCAACGUGCCUAUCGACAUGAACAACAAUAAAAAUAAGCCGACAGCAGCCAAGCAGCAGAAGAUGUCACAGAAGCAGGAGCAAGCUCCGGUGGGUAAGCAGCGCGCCAAUCCGGCGCCAUCGUGCCCCCUGCCGCCGCGUCCUGUCAAGACGAUGAUCAAGUCGUGUCCGCUGCCACCCAAGGCGCCGGCUGCCAAGCCCGUGCCGAGCAAGUGCCGUCUGAGCAGCCGCGAAUCAACCGGAAAGAAAACCCCAGCCAAAUCGUGCCGCCUCUCCAGUGCUCCGGCCGACAAGAUGGCCAACAAAAUGGCGGCUCCGUCGCGCAAAUCAACCAGCAAGAACAACAACAACAACAACAACGAAAUCAACAACAACAACAAGGAAAACGGUCUCAACUCGCACGCUUCACUGGUGACCGGCACUGAGACGCAACGUGGUCCGGUGCAUUUGGCGAGCAGCAUCGAGGAGGGCAAGCGCAUGCUCAACUGGCUGCUGAAUCCGAUAACCGCGGAGAGCUUCUUCGAUCAGUACUGGGAGCGCAAUGCAUGCCAAGUGAAGCGCAAGCUGCCGGACUACUACAGCCAGCUGAUCUCGUUCCAGAUGAUCGACGAGAUGCUAAUCGAGAACCAGCUGGAGUUCACCACCAACAUUGAUGUGACCACCUAUAAGAAGGGCGUGCGCCAGACCCUGAAUCCCGUCGGACGCGCCAUGUCCCCGGCCAUUUGGGGCUACUACGGCGACGGCUGCAGCAUCCGCAUCCUGAACCCGAGCACCUAUCUGCCCAAGCUGCGUCAGCUGUGCAGCUCAUUGCAGGAGUUCUUCCACUGCCUGGUCGGGGCGAACGUCUAUCUGACACCGCCGAACAGCCAGGGAUUCGCACCACACUACGACGACAUCGAGGCCUUCGUGGUCCAGGUGGAGGGCCGCAAGCGCUGGCGCCUGUACGCCCCGCCGCAGCAGUCGGACGUGCUGGCACGCACCUCAUCGCGCAACUACAAGCAGGAGGAGCUGGGCAAGCCGCUCUUCGACGCCUUCCUCGAGGCGGGCGACAUCCUCUACUUCCCUCGCGGCACCGUACACCAGGCCGUCACCGACCCGAAGCAGCACUCGCUCCACAUCACACUCAGCGUCUACCAGCAGCAGGCGUACGCCAAUCUGCUGGAGGCGCUGAUGCCCUCAGUCCUGGAGCGCGCCAUCAAGCACCAUCUGACAUUGCGCCGCGGCCUGCCGCUUGACAUCUGGCAGCACGUCGGGCUGGCCAAGGGCGGCAAGCAGAGCGAGCAGCGCGACCAGGUCCUGACUAGCACCAAGCAACUGGUCCAGCGCUAUCUGAUGCCCACCGACGCCCAGAUCGACGCUGCCGUCGAUCAGCUGGCCAAGCGCUUCCAGCACGAGGCGCUGCCGCCCUCCAUCAAGCCGGAGGAGGAGGUGCGCACCGUCUUUGGCUCGCGCAGCGUCACCGAUAGCCACGGACAGUGCCUCUGCGACUACGAGCUGACCGAGAACACAAAGGUCCGGCUGCUGCGCGCCAACAUCCUGCGCCUGGUGGCCGAGGGCUCCAGUCUGCGCGUCUACUACUACGUGGACAACGCUCUCGAGUACUGCAAGAACGAUCCCAACUACAUGGAGAUCCAGCCCACAGAGGCGCCCGCCGUCGAGGCCCUGAUCACCACAUAUCCCAAGUACUUGAAGAUCGGCAAGCUGCCCCUGCGCAGCGCUGACCGCCGCAUCGAGGUGGCCACGGCGCUCUGGGAGCGCGGACUGCUCAUGACCGAGAAGCCCUUCAAGUAGAACCCAUUACA